CACUGGCCUUCACGUCAUGCACAGCUGAUUCUUGCCUCCUCCAUUUUUUGGCAAAUCUUAUUCUCCUCGAGAGCUUUACGGGGAAAAGGACACAUGGGGAGGGAGAGCCCAGAAGAAGAUGGGUUGCCGACAGCCUCUCUGCUUCUCGAAGACGUCUCUGGCGAUGGCAACCGCGGCAACCCCACGUCUUCAAGUGAUCCCUCGGUCACGCCUCUCGUCGUUCUUAGCACGCUCGUUGCCCUUUGCGGGUCUUUUGUCUCUGGGUGUGCUUCUGGUUAUUCAUCACCGGCCGAGUCAGGCAUAAUGGAGGACUUGGGGCUCUCUACGGCAGCGUAUUCGCUUUUUGGUUCUAUAUUAACAAUAGGAGGGUUAUUAGCAGCUUUGGUAAAUGGGCAGAUGACAGAUAUGAUGGGUCGCAGACGUGUGAUGCAGACAAUGUGGAUUUCACAAAUAUUUUCCACUGCAGGAUGGCUUUCUAUAGCGUUUGCCAAGAAUGCUUGGUGGCUCGAUAUUGGAAGACUGUUAACUGGACUUGGCAUGGGGAUUGUAUGUUACGUGGUACCUGUGUACAUUGCCGAAAUAACACCCAAAAGUAUCCGGGGAGCCUUCACAGCUUUAAAUCAGUUUUUGAUAUGCUGUGGCAUUUCGUUGAUCUACUUUCUUGGAACUGUUGUUUCCUGGCGUAUUUUGGCUUUGACAGGUUGUAUCCCCUGCGUACUUCAAAUUUUCGGUUUAUUCUUUAUCCCGGAGUCUCCUAGAUGGCUGGUAAAAGUCGGUCAAGAAAAGGAGUUUGAAGCGACAUUGCAGAGACUCCGCGGCAAAAGUGUUGACAUUUCCCAAGAAGCAAUAGAUAUCAUAGACUAUACAGAAACCUUUGAACGGGAUUCCCAGUCUAGAAUUUUCGAUUUGUUUCAAAGAAGAUAUGCUCAUUCCCUCAUAAUAGGAGUUGGAUUGAUGAUCCUUCAACAAUUUGGAGGGUCGAGUACAUUUGUCUUCUAUGCGAGCUCUAUAUUUGAAUCAGCUGGCUUUUCAAGCAGCUUUGGUAGCCGAAGCAUAUCUAUUGUCCAGAUCCCUGCAACAGCUCUUAGUGUAAUUUUGACGGAUAAAGCUGGAAGAAGACCGCUUUUAAUGAUUUCUUCAGCUGGAAUGUGCUUGAGUUGCUUUGGUUUAGGAUUCUCGUUCUUCAUGCAGGACCUGCAGUACUGGACGGAAGUCACUCCCAUUUUGGUGUACGUAUGCAUUAUGGUGUAUUCCGUAGCUUACUCUUUUGGCAUGGCGGGGUUACCGUGGGUCAUAAUGUCCGAGGUAUUCCCGGUAAAUGUUAAAGGGUCGGCCGGAAGCCUGUUGACCUUCUCCAAUUGGUCCUGUUCUUGGAUCGUCAGCUACAGUUUUAACUUCAUGUUUGAAUGGAGUGCACCCGGAACCUUCUUUAUCUUCGCAUGCAUUUGUGGUUUAACCAUCUUAUUCACUGCGAAGAUAGUGCCAGAGACAAAGGGGCGAGAAUUGGAAGAAUUGCAAGCAUCACUUGCCCACUUUCGACAAUGAUAAGUGGCUACUUAAUCUCAAAUAGAGUCUAAGCAAGUACGUGCAUUUCACAUGCUACUUUCCAAAGGCAUGAUGAGGGCAUUUUUAAGUUUUUUUGUUUUCUUUCUUUUAGUUUUUUCUCUUUCAUCUUCCUUCUUGUUGUUCCUCCUUCGGCGCAUGCAUAGAAUCACUUCCGGUGCUGGAUCUCACUCGACAUCAUGAAGUCACUGUUAAGCCUUUACACUGACAUCAUCGACGACGGCUCGUUUAUCGUUUAUCCAUCGUUGGACGGAUGUUGUUGCCAUUCUCUCUCCUCACUUGCGGUAAUGGCCCAUGGCCGAUCGCAAGGACAACAGGUUGUUCAUGGGUGACUUCAUGAUGUCAACAAAACAAGACCAUUGGAAAAACUAACUGCAUCCUCCAAUUCAAUUGAACUAAAUUAUAUUACAAUCGUCAUUCAUUG